CUGGAGGCACUUGUCGACCGGCACUACCGCAGAUAUGAUCACUCAGUCGCCGUAUCCUUUUACUGGGAGGCUGACCACACCACGGCGCACAAAGAUGUUAAAAACUUCCAGAACAUCCUCACAACACUUGGACUAGCCCUGGCUGAGGAAAUCAAGCUAAAUCAGAGCCAAAAUGUACCAGGGUGGGAUAUCCAAGACAAAUUAAAGGCUCUUAUCAAGCCGAAAAUGGACAGUAACGGAAGUGUGCUCUUACUGGUUCAUUAUACUGGACACGGGUUCACAAAGAAUGACACUUUAUAUUUCACCGAUUCACAAGGCCACCAGCCUGCACGUUGGGAAAGAGACUUUGUCUAUAUAGUUGAUUCGGGUUCACCCAUUGACGACUCGGACAGGAUAGAUGUUCUAUUCAUCUUGGAUUCUUGCUAUAGCUAUCUUGAAUCUCGCCGGUAUACCCCCGCCAAGAGAGUGGUUCAGGUCCUCGCAGCGGUAGACGAGAGCACCGAGUCAGCUUUAAGUGCCGAAAACACAGCGUCACUGACUGAAAAGCUGUUAAAUGAGCUGAGAGCACGAAAACAAGCGGGAGCGCAAAGCGUGGACUUCGCCGAACUGGUCUCGGACCUCAGGGAGAAGUCUCCACAGAAGAAGCCCGUCCAUGAACUUCUCGUAGGAAGCCACUCCCUGCGGCUUGCAUUUCCGGGACACGAAACUGGACUCACCACAUUUCUACCGGGACCAGCGACGAAGGUGGUGUUCGGCUUGCGCUUGGCGAAUAGCCUA